CGCAAGAAAACUACUGCACAUACUCAUAUACGGUUGAGGCAGGGGGCUGCUACAUAUAUAAACACGGUCGAGGCGGGGGUUGCUAAAUAGAUAAAAAUUUGUGGAUAUAUGAAAUAUAAUUUAACGAAAAGUGUUUUAAUGGUUUUCCUAAUAUUCUCCAUGGCGAAAAUAAAUUAGCGUCAUAACUUGAAUCAACUUUAUAUAUUGUUUGUCUAAAGUGGCAAUAGUGAAUUCUAACCUUUAAUUAGUACAUAAAUUUGAUCGACACCGCAAUUUCAAGUUGGGCAAUCGAUAACCUUCAGGAUUUAGGAGAAAAUCUUAUUUCUAAAUUGGCUGGUCUGAGUUAUAAACAUUUAAAAACUCAGUUCAACUUGUUAGUUUCUGCAAAAAUAAAGGAAGCAUGGAAGAAGAUGAAUUUAUUCCUGAAAGUUCCUGGUCUUAUCUAACAACAGUAACUAAAUUUGACGAAGAGAGAUUACUGUAGUUCCAGCUUUAGAGGUCAACUUGAUAAUGAACCUGGAGGAGGUUCUUAAUUGAGCGAGGACACGUUUAAAAUGGAAAGGAUAUCUGAAUUAUAGAUAUUGUUGAGGUUGCUUAUCGUUGAGUAAAAUUUUACUAUAUAUAAAACUAAAAUUACUGUUUUCCAAUCUCAAGAAAUCCUGAGAACGAAAAUAGUCACGGUAAUAAUCAUCAGUGGAGUACAAAAUGCAUGGAUGAUUUCACAGAAGAACAAGUUGGAAGAAAUGUUGUAGACAAAGUCGUUCCUUCCACAAGUCUACUCAUCGAAUCACUUUUGCAGCAACUAUGCACAAUGCUGGAAAAGCGACAAUCUCGAAGGAAGAAACUGUACAUUGCAGUUUGUGAUAAGCUGCAUGAAAUGAAAUUAAUCGACAAUUCCUAUCACAUGGCAGACUUUGAAAUGAUAAGAAAUCACUAUCAACAAGCGUUCUAUCAUCUAGUGGCAGUUGCACGUACAUCAAUUAACACAGAAACGGUUUUACAAGUUCCUAGUUUCUUUAUAACAGACUGGAGUCGGUAUCAUCAGGAAUUCCAUGAAAUAAGCUUAAUUGGUUCUGGUGGAUUCGGGCAUGUUUUCAGAGCACUGAAUCGACUGGAUGGAAUUGAAUAUGCAAUCAAAAAGAUAACAGUGAAAUCAAACAGGUUAAAUGCCAUUAUGAAACAUUUAGUAGAAGUGAAAACGAUUGCAAAACUAAAUCAUACAAACAUUGUGCCCUACAAAGGUGCUUGGAUUGAACCUACUCUAGAGUCAACUUUAGUUCACCGAAUAUCGUCGAUAUCACAAAAUAGAGAAAGUUGCAGCGUUUCUACCAAAUUUAAAAGUACUAAGAAUAAAUCUCAUCGAAGUAUAGGUAUCAAAAAUACAAAAUCAUGGGCUUACCAAGAUCAAUCGAAUUACCAAAGUACUGACGUUAGUCAGGAUUAUUUUAUGCACAAAGUCUCCGAUACAAUUAAGGAAUCACCUUGUUUGGAAGCUCGGGCGUUAGUGGAAGACAUUAAUUCCCACAGUGUCUCGUUCCGCAAUGAAACAGAAGAAAUUAACCGAAAGCCUAUCUGUUCGAAAAGGUGUGAUGAUGAUGAUGAUGAUGAUGAUGAUGAUGAUGAUGAUGAUGAUGAUGAUGAUGAUGAAAUAAAUUUACUAAGUAGUUCUAGUGGAAGCGAUUCGCGUGAAGAAUCUGUUGAUCAUCGCAGGAUAUGCCAAUACAACACACCAGUGAUUCAACAUUAUUCUACACUCUACAUUCAAAUGGCAUUAUGCGGCAAAACAUUGAGGGAAUGGCUUGACGAAAGAGUGGGCGCUACACCACAACCAAUCAUCGCUACGAUAGUAAUACAGAUUUUAAACGGUUUAGACUACAUUCAUUCACUAGAUAUUGUUCAUCACGAUAUCAAGCCGAGCAAUAUUUUUAUAUCGAAGACUGGGCAGCUUCAAGUACAAUUGGGAGAUUUUGGAUUAUCGUGUCCUUUGCAAAGAGAAAACCAUCAUUCUGUACUUGGCACACAUAUUUACGCUUCGCCGGAACAGUUAAACGGCGAAUGCAAUCCUAAGAGCGACAUUUAUAGUUUAGGAAUCGUUCUGAUUGAAAUGCUGAUACCGAUGCAAACAUUCAUGGAGUGCAGUCGAAUAGUAGAAGCGUUAAAAUUGGGGCAUAUGCCUAUGCAACUUACCGCAACCUAUCCAAAAUGGGCGGUUGUAGUGAGUCGACUUCUCCAAAAGGAUCCUGAAAAACGUCCUUCUACUGGUGAACUACUAGGAGAAUUAAGUGUAGACAAAGAUUCUACUAUAGCUAAGCUUCAGCAUGAGAAUAAUGAAAAGAAUAACCUGAUUGAAGAGCUGCAAGCUAAUAUAGCAGCCCUGAAAGAAGAAAUUAUAAGGCUGGAGGCAUUAUCAAAUAAUCGUACUUAAUUUUGUUUAUUUCUUUAAAUUGAUGAUCUAUUUGCUAUUCUCAGAUAGUUCAAUUUAUUUCGAUCUAUGUUAUGAAAGAGUAAGUAAAUUAAAUAUAGGUCGCCCAAA